CGUCAUGUCACAUGUGUCAUGUGAUGUGAUCACAUCAGUCCGACAUUUUGCCUGAAUAAUUCUCUCCUGGGUAGGCUGCUGCCUUGUCCGACCGGGCGGUAAAAAGAAGGUAGAAACAUGGCGAUGCAGGAGCUGUACUUCAAUAUAGACAACGGGUACCUGGAGGGGCUCGUGAGAGGGUUCAAAGGAGGGAUUUUGCGGCGGGCUGACUACGCGAACCUCGUACAGUGCGAGACUCUAGAAGAUCUCAAGCUGCACCUGGCCAGCACAGAUUACGGGAACUUCCUGGCCAAUGAGCCGUCUCCGCUGACCGUGAACGUGAUUGAUGACAAGCUGAAGGAGAAGAUGGUGAUUGAGUUCCAGCACAUGAGGAACCAAUCAGUGGAGCCGCUCUGUACCUUCAUGGACUUCAUCACGUACAGCUACAUGAUAGACAACAUUGUGCUGCUCAUCACUGGGACAUUGCACCAGCGACCAAUCAGUGAGCUUAUCACAAAAUGUCAUCCUCUGGGUAGUUUUGAGCAGAUGGAGGCUAUCCACGUGGCGGCCACCCCUGCAGAGCUCUAUAACGCCAUACUUAUCGACACACCUCUAGCUCCAUUCUUUGUGGACUGCAUCUCUGAGCAGGACUUAGAUGAGCUGAACAUUGAGAUCAUCAGAAACACACUGUACAAGGCAUACUUGGAGGCCUUCUAUGAGUUCUGCAGUCAACUGGGAGGGACAACAUCUGAGUUUAUGUGCAGAGCUCUAGAGUUUGAAGCUGACCGCCGGGCAUUCAUCAUCACCAUCAACUCGUUUGGGACUGAACUGACCAAAGAUGACCGGUCCAAGCUGUACCCCCGCUGUGGCAAGCUCCAUCCAGAUGGACUGGCCGCGCUGGCUCGAGCAGACGACUAUGACCAGGUCAAAGCAGUGGCAGAGUAUUACGGAGAGUACAAACCACUCUUUGAGGGAGCAGGUAAUAAUCCUGGGGACAAGACUCUGGAGGACAAGUUCUUUGAGCAUGAGGUGGAGCUGAAUGUGAAUGCCUUCAUGCAGCAGUUCCACUUCGGUGUGUUUUAUGCCUACAUUAAGCUCAAGGAGCAGGAAUGUCGCAACAUCGUGUGGAUCGCCGAGUGCGUCGCUCAGAGACACAGGACCAAGAUCGACAACUACAUUCCCAUCCUGUAGAUCCAAACUGAAACACAUGUCCGUUAGGCCUGUCAUCAGUAGAUAUGUGUUUGUACUAGAAGUCAGUCUGAAGCAGGACUCAAUCAUGAUUUCCAACACAAGAAAGGUUUUGUCAAUCUACUGCUUCUAUGACAUCACUUGACGUGUUGCUUUGCUCAUGCCCUGACAAAAACUGGUUCUGAAUGAAUGAUUAGAAUUUGGUUAAGUCCAUCUUUUCCAUGUGUUCACAGCUUCAGAAAAUUGAAUUUGUCCAUUAGGCCACACCAAUUAAAUUUCUUGGUUCUCGGAUUUUUUCAGAAAAAUAUUGGGGCGGGCAGUCGAAAAAAAAAGAAGAAAAAAAAUUACAAAAAGUCUGUGGUGAACUUAUUUAACACAAAGAACAAGGUAAGUAGUC